CCAUCUCACCACCACCACCUCCACCCCCAACGGACUCCAAAAUGCCUUGCACCAUCUGCAACCAAUUCCAAGGCCAAUGGCCCAUCAACAGCCGACUCGACUCCCAACCACACGACACCCAACCAGUCCGAAACUACCUCGUCCCAAAAUUCACCUGGGAAGAGCUGGAAUUAUCCGCCAGCGCGUGCUACUGCUGCGAGAUCCUUGCAAAGGGAUGUCGAGAAUGCUUCUCCAUGCACGGCAUACAGGUCUCCGAUAUACGGCACUGUAGCCUCCGCUUCUACUAUCCACUGCAUGUUGAGGAUGUGGAAGAGGAGGAGUGCGGGAAAUAUGUAACCGUCCAUUUGGCUAGCGGGAAGAGGUUCGAGGUAGAGGUAUUUGCCACGGAGGAUGAUGAGUGCCCUGUUCCUGAUGCGUGGGAUUAUUUUGCCACGUCCAAGAGGACGUCGCCUGGGACGGACUCGGAAGAAGCGUUGGGGAAGAUGAAGGAGUGGAUCGAGGAGUGUGUAGCUGAGCAUUCCGACUAUCUCUGCCAGGCCCCUGAACACCCAAUAUUACCUAAACGGGUAGUCGAUGUCGGCCGCAGCAAUGAGGACGUGAAAUUGGUCGAGACAAAUGGCGAAAAGGGACAGUACAUCUGCUUGAGCCACUGCUGGGGCCCGACGCAAAUCAUCACGACGAAACUAGCGACACUGGAAGACCGGAAGAAAGGAAUACCAUGGUCGGAGCUGUCAAAAACAUUCCAAGAAGCCAUAACAUUAACCAGGACCCUGGGGUUCCAGUACAUCUGGAUCGACUCCCUCUGCAUCAUCCAAGACAGUGCGCAAGACUGGGAGAUUGAGUCGGCGAAAAUGGCCUCCAUAUAUAGCGAAGGUCACUUGACGAUUGCGGCCACCCGCUCUCCUGAUGGCGCUGGCGGCUUGUUCUGCGCUACACCUGACGUCGAAGUCUUCGGGACUACGCCAGAUGGCGAAGCCUAUUCUCUUUUCUUUCGCCAACGCAUCGACCACCAGCUUGAUGCGGGAUUCGAAACUGCCGGAUUCACUGCUACCGAAGCGGAAUAUCCGCUUCUGACUAGAGCAUGGGUGUAUCAGGAGCGCAUGCUCUCGACAAGAGUCCUCCACUUCGGCCGAUACGAAUUGUUCUUCGAAUGCAAAUCGGCGAUUCGAUGCGAAUGCGGCGCCAUAGCAUUCAACGGCGCAGGUACCGAGGCACCAGUGCCCCUGAUCAAGAUCGAGUACGCGGAUAUCCUGGCGCAGUAUCACGAAGGCUACGAAGGCCAAGCUCUCGAGGAUAUACGGUAUCAGGGCGCACGCAUGUGGCGCACCAUGGUCUGCGGUUACACUGCGCUCCGUCUGACCAUGUCAAAGGACCGGUUACCUGCCAUCCGCGGCUUGGCGAAGCAAUUGGCUUCGGGAAGGAGGUCCAGGUAUCUAGCAGGCCUGUGGGAGGAAUCUCUCCAAGAUGAUCUCCUCUGGAUGGUCUACGCAACUUCGACCCUCCUAAAGCCUCGGCCGUACCCCCCUAACGCACCGACGUGGUCGUGGGCAAGCGUGGAAACGCUCGUCAGCUACUGGGAUUGCAUCAGUCUCACAGACAUUGAAGGAAAUGUCGCCGAAGAGAGAGAGCCGUAUGAACAGUUCAGCGUCAUUGAACUCUGUGAGGUUCAGCCGUCGGGUAUGGAUGACUUCGGAACUAUCAAAAGUGGCGAGCUUAGAAUAUCCGGUCAUGUCGCAGAAGGUAUCCUCGAACGCGAAGUCGACGUGUAUGAAGGUAAAGAGAUCGUCGUCCACUACGUGACAUUCGCCAACUCUCGCCUGCGGAUGAAAGCGGAUUACCUUCUUGACCACGAAGGCCCUCAUCAGACGCUGCCAGGAACUACAGUCCUUUGCUUACGUUUGAGUCUUCUGCAGGAGGGCGAGAAGCAGGCGUUGAUAUCACUGGUUUUGAAGAAGUCGCCGCAUUUGGCGGAUCGCUAUGAGCGCAUCGGCACGCUGAAAGUUUCCGGAAGACUUGGCUCGGUGGAGCCAACUGGAGCGAUAUUCGAGGGAUGUGAGACGCGAAAGCUGGUGAUUGUUUGAUAGAAAUAU